ACCCAGUAGCACUAUACGGCUCCCUGAGUUGUCACAACCCAUCAACCCAACAAUAACAAGAUAAUUCAGCUUAUAUAGGGCUUUCCUCUUGUUUUUCCUCCCCCGAGGCUGUCAAGACCAUCAGACUCCGCCCAGAUUACAGUAAUAUUUGUACCCCGGUCACCAGGAAAUUAUUUAACUCUGAAGAAUGGAGGAUAAUGCUGAGAAAGUACACAGCUUGGUUCACCUUGACUUGAAGGGCGCUCCUCCAAGACUCGGCUACUUUGAACAGCUGUUUCCGAUACUGUCAUCAUUUGGUGCCACGGGUUUGCUAGUGGAAUAUGAAGAUAUGUUUCCUUACCACGGCAAAGUUGCACACAUAAGAGCACCACAUGCCUACUUACCUGAUGACAUUAUAAAAUUGCACACUCUUGCUACAAACAAUAAUCUCAUUGUAAUCCCUUUAGUUCAGACAUUUGGACACUUUGAGUUUGUAUUAAAACACGACGAGAACCGAGCUAUUAGAGAAAUAGAGCGCUACCCUAAUGCUCUUUGUCCAACUCACCCGGAUGCUUUCCCAUUGGUUUCCAGAAUUAUCGCUCAGGUGGUCGAGUUACACCCUAACGAUAAAUUUUUCCACAUAGGAGCUGAUGAGGUAUGGCAUAUUGGUAAGUGCCCAAGGUGUCAGAAUGAGAUGGAAGUCAAAAAAAUGUCCAGCAGUGAUUUAUUCCUAGCAUGGGUGUUCAAAGUGGCUUGGUGGAUGAAAAAAGAAUACCCAAACCUUACUAUUAUCAUGUGGGAUGACAUGAUGCGAAACAUGCCUCUGGAUAAACUUAAAAGCAGUAGGAUUGGUGAGCUUGUUGAACCAAUGGUGUGGCAGUACCAGGCAAAGAAGUUUGACCUUCCUGCAGAUAUAUUUAAUCGGUACUCGGCAGUGUUUGAUGGCAUAUGGGUGGCCAGUGCUUUUAAGGGUGCAACUGGCAGCACUCAGUUCCUACCCCCAAUCCAGCACCACAUCAACAAUCAUUUGACCUGGAUUAGUGUUUUAUCUGAAUACAAACAUCAGUUUAAGAUUUACCGAGGUAUAGCUCUCACCGGCUGGCAGAGAUAUGAUCAUUAUGCUGUAUUAUGUGAAUUAUUACCAGUUGCUCUCCCCUGCUUAUGUUUAUGCUUGAGAGUAGCUACCCGCAAUUCAUUCACUGAGGCCGAUCAUGACUAUGUAUCUCAAAGGUUGGGUUUUCCCCAUCGCGUUAACCUCGUGCCAUUCCCGAGGCCCCAAGUUAUAGAACAGUGCAUGUCAUUCCCUGGCCACAAGAUCUUUGUUGGGGUACAGAUGUGGUCAAACUUUUUAUGCAAGUACCAAGCUAUAAGUAACUCAGAAGGAAUGCUGGGCUGGUUCAGUGAUUAUCUGAGAUCGAGGAAUUUCACAAAUCCUGUGCAAGUGGAAAAUAUAAUGAACUCGAUUACCGAGGUUCUGGAAAAUCUAACUGAACUCAAGACUCAUCUGAUUCCUUGGUUGAUGGAAGUGUAUUUUGAAGAUACUGUGGAGGAGUGGAUUGGCUCUUUCAUUGAGCCUCUCCUUGAGAAGCUCAGAAGUGUAAUAGAGGAGUGCAAGAAGCAAAUUCUUAUUGGUGGCAGAGUCAGAGACUACAAGAAGAUUGAAUAUUAAUGUAAAGGCAGAAAAAUAUAAUCAGGUUUAUUCCAAGUUAUUUUCGGGUGCUGUCCUGUAUUCAGCAAGAAUUUGUGCAAAUAUAGUGAACUAAAUCAAGUGGAUGUUUUAAUACCUGUGAGAUAUUAAUGUACCUAUAAAUGCUUGAGACUUGGUAAUACAGCUAAUUUUAUCAGCGAAAUGACCACCAUAAUAUAUAUUCUACAUAUUUAUUCGUUGUUAUUAUAGUAUUAUUUUAUCACAGUAUUAUUAUUAUUAGUUAUUAUAGUAAAAUAGGUAUUUUUAAUUCUGUUUGUGUGUUAUUUAUGCCAGUUAAAGUAUGUGAAGCUGAGUAGGUAAAAGACUAGAGAAGAGGAAUUAAAAAUAUUGAGUCUUUUCAGUUUCAAGACUUAAAUCAAAAUUUAUUUUUGUACAUGUAUCAAGAAUUAUAUUAGGCCUUUAACAUUUAUAGUAUUUAUUUUUAAUAUUUGGUACAUUAUAGGAACUUGUGUACAUUUUAUUGACUUUUUCCUUAAUUUAUUAAACUGUACUGAAUUUAAUAAUUUUUUAUUAUAAGCCCUUGUGUCUGAGGGCAAUGUAUGGUGUGGAUAUUAUGAAGAGAAUUCUUAACUUGGAGAUUAAAAGGAGGUGCAGGAUUACUAAGAAUAUUAUCCAGAAGGCUAGAGAGGGAAUGUUGAGGUGGUUCAGACAUUUGAAGAGGAUGGAAUAAAAUAGGAUGGAGGGAUGAUGAGGUAGGAGUUGUCCUAGAAGAGGUUGGAGAGCUGUGGUUAAGGAGGUUUUUGUGUGUGAGGUGCUUAGACAUCCAGCAAGUGUGUGUGUGCAUGCUAGAUAGGGGUGAGUGGAGGAGCAUGAUUCAUAUGACUUGAAGUCCUGGAGAUGGGAAGUACAGAGCCUGCACUCUGAAGGAGAGGUGAGGAUAUUUGCAGUUUUGAACUAUAGUAUCAGCAUUCUUGGCAAGACAGUGAUGGAGUGAGUGUGUUUCUUCCUUUUCAGGUCACCCUACUUUGGUGGGAGACGGCCGGUGUGUUAAAAAAAAAUGUAUGUUGCUGUCAGUUGGUACAGUACCAUUAUCUGAAAAUUUUGCUGUACUACAGUGUACUACUUUGAAUAUCAUAAAAGGACAUCAUAUUUGUCUUACAUAAUAUUCAGAAGUGUAAAGAUACUUCAGUCUGGUAAAAGGCCUCUGCCUUGGGUCAUCAUCUGCACAUCAGGAAACAGUGAAACUAGAAGUGAGUUAAUCAUAUCACGACGUGAGGAUAGAUUAAACGAUACUGUACUAUGUAUUUAUACUUUUUUUAAUAUUUUGUUAGAACAUUUUAAGGAACUUCAAGAAAAAAAAGCACAAUUUCUUCAUUCUUUGCCAUUGCACUACUAAUUUUUCACAUAUAUAGCAGUAUGUGUAUGAUAGCCAACUCUUUCCGGUCAAAACAUCAAUAAGUAUCAUAUCAUGUAAAAG